AUGGAAGAAGAUAAAAUAGAAAGUUUAAGCUCGAUAGAUAAGUUUUAUACUGAGGUUCGGUGGAAUAACCAGUUCCGUCAUAUGAAGGAUAUUCCUCAACAUAUUCAGAAAAGAAUAGGGAUAGAUUGUCACCAAAGAAACAUAGAUCAGGCCACUGAUGAUAAAAUAAAUUCGAAUGCGGCGAAUCAAGAUAAUAAUGAGAAUAAUGGAAUGCAUUCUGUUCUAGAUAGACACAGAAAUCUAAUGUUACAAACUCCGGAAUGGCACGAACCUUGGCAACUUAAAAGAGUCAUCAAUGGUCACUUAGGAUGGGUCAGAUGUGUUGAAGUUGAUACGGUAGAGAAUAAAUGGUUUGCAACAGGAAGCAGUGACACAACAAUAAAAAUAUGGGAUUUAGAAUCAGGUAAAUUAAAGAUAACGCUUUCUGGACAUGUAAUGCCUGUAAGAGAUAUUGCCAUAUCUAAAAGAUCGCCGUACUUAUUUUCUGCAAGUGAAGAUAAGUUGAUUAAAUGUUGGGAUUUAGAGAAGAAUAUGGCGAUAAGAGAAUAUUUUGGACAUCUAUCAGGUGUUAAUACUGUAGAUGUUCAUCCAACGUUAGACUUAAUUGCUACUGCAGGUAGAGACAGCACUAUAAGAUUAUGGGAUAUUCGCUCAAGAACAGCGGUAAUGACAUUAAUUGGACAUAAGGCCCCGGUUACUACAGUAAAGUGCAUACCAGUAGAUCCACAAGUAGUUAGUGCAUCAAAUGAUGCUACUGUUAAAUUAUGGGAUAUAGUUGCUGGUAAGGCGAUUAAGACUUUGACUCAUCAUAAACGGACAGUUAGAGAUAUAGCAGUGAACCCAACUGAAUUUUCCAUAGCUUCGGCUUGUACAGACGAUAUACGAUCAUGGAGAUUACCUGAAGGAUCAUUAUUAACAAAUUUUGAAUCAGAUACCCUUGGGAUAGUAAAUUCUAUUAGCAUUAAUCAAGAUAACAUUAUGGCUGCAUGUGGAGACAAUGGUGUUUUAUCAUUUUUUGAUUAUAAAUCAGGUCAUAAGUAUCAAAAGAUAGCAACUACAGCUAUGUCUGGUUCCUUGGAAAGUGAAAAAGGCAUAUUGAGCGGUACAUUUGAUGCGACAGGACAAAUUUUUAUCACUGGUGAAACAGAUAAAAGUAUCAAAAUGUGGAUUAAAAUAAAAAGAGCCACUAAAGAGUCACAUCCAGGUUUGAAAUGGAAUCCAUUAUUAUCUAAGCAAAGAUUCUAA